GAAAACCUUGAAAACGUAAACACAGUGAAACGUAAAUGAGUAGAUACAACGUUCAAACUACAAUCAAAAUUACAUUUCAAACAAAACAUAAGCUGCUAUUUCUUAGAUAAUACUUAUGUAUUGGUAAAUAUUCAAAAACAACAAUUUAAAUGAAAGCAAUAAUGAUCUAAGUGAAUGCAACAGACGAACCUGGAAUUUAGCAAUCCUUUUCUUUCGAAAGAAAAAACACCUUAGGCUACCGCCACUGGGGGAUGAAUGGAACGGUUAUAUGGAUUUCACCGGUCUUGCGGCCCAGUGUUGACAUUCAGGAGUAUUUAGAUUGGCAUACCAAUCAAAACCCGCGUUGGCUGUCUUCGGCGCAUACGAGACGGCCCCGGGAUAUCAUUGCACUAAGAUAGCUUCGCGGGAUAGUCCCUGCGCGAUACCGCAUAGCGGUCUCUGAUCCCUCUCUGUACAGGGAGAUUAAGACGUCCCCGAAACUGACGCUUUCAGCGUUAACAACAGCGGAAGACCUACCAAUCGCAUUAUGUCCUUCUCGGAGUUGCUUGGACCAGGCGAGCGAGCAGUUCCCAUUACUCGCUCCGUGAUUGAUCCCUCUAAGCACCUUUUAGUCGCCUCUUAUGACAAGCAGGGAGGACCGUGGCGGAAUUUUCUAGAUGUCUCCAGACCACAGGGCACGUAUUUAGCAAUCCUAGGUAUUGAUUAAUCAGCAUUUUUCCAGUAUAAUAUAGUCAAUGGGGUACCUACUAAUCCUAAUAAAUGAAUUAAAAAGUAUUUACUUUCUCAAGUAGGUAAUCUUUUGCAUUAUAUUAAUGGUCUGGAUGAAUAAUUAUUGAUAUCAUACACAUUAUCCACGAAUUCACAGGAAGUGUGCAGUCAUCUGAACUAGUAAAUUUAAAGUUAUUCAGUGGUGACUGUGCUUUUUUGUUUCUAUUAUUUAUCUAAAGUAUCGCUGCAUAUAUAAAGUGACACAAAUGUGAACAUGAACUACAAAUUAUUUGUUACGUGUAGGCAUAAGGUUUGAAACAGAAGCUUACAGUUUAUUUUUGUACUUUUCACUUUGAUACAAUGAGUUCCUUAAAACUAUACUACAAUACGGGCAGCGCGCCUUCCCGUGCAGCGUUUAUGGUAGCUAAAGCAGUCGGUGUACCCUUCGAAGUUAUAGUAGUGGAUCUAUUUAACAAAGAACACUUGAAAGAAAGUUACACAAAGAAGAAUCCUCAACAUUGCGUGCCUACACUGGAAGAUAAUGACUUUAUCUUGUGGGAAAGUCGAGCAAUAACAAGUUAUCUAGCAGACAAAUACGCGAAAAACGAUCAACUUUACCCAAAAGAUUUGAAUCGCCGAGCUGUUGUUAAUCAAAGACUGUUCUUUGAUAGUACAAUGUUGUAUCCCAAUACUAAGAAUAUUUAUUACCCGGUAGCGUUCCAUGGUGCAACGGAAAUAAGUGAAUUAGCAAAGAAAGAAUUAAAAUUUGCAUUAGAUCUUUUGGAACACUUUUUACGAGAGACUAAAUGGGCCGCUGGUGACAACGCGACUAUUGCAGACAUUUCGCUUUAUGCAACCAUUUCUAAUGCGUUGGCAAUUGGCUUGGAUAUUUCCGACUACCCAAAUAUACAAAGAUGGGUGCAGCAAUGCAGUACCUUGCCUGGAGCUGAUGAAAAUGCGUCAGGAGCUCAACUGUUCGGUGGACAUGUCAAGAAAAUAAUGCAAGAAAAAAAUAUUAAAUUAUAAUUUAUAAUAAAGUUUAUUUUACAACAGUA